CUGGAUAAAACUAAAUCUAUCACAUCAUCAAAAUCUAUUGAUCGUUCGGUCUCCAAUAAUGAAGUGAUUAAAACGAGUGGCUUAAGUAAAGUUGUGGCUAACAUCAAGCCGUCUCCCAAACAUGUGGCUGUUCCUGUGACGUCACCAGUUCCAACCAGAUCUGGAGGAACUCCUCCUCCUCCUCCUCCAAGGAAUAUCAAAAGGGCGAGUACAAACUACGGGAACAGAUCUCGACGUGAUUUGAUGCUGAUUAUGAUGAGGGAGAGAAGUUACUGUUCGGGGAAUUUAGAAGAAGAAGGAUGA